AUGGCUGUGGCCCGCAAUGUCCUUCUGCGUACGGCGGAGAGCGCCUUAGAACGAUACCCAGACAUCGACAAGAAAUCAUGCGCCCUGCUUGGGCCUACUGCUCUCAUUGUGCAGGGCCUGAUGGGAGUGCUGGUCAUCCUUUCUUUGGUGUAUAAAAGGCAACGCGAGGCUGCGAAGCGUCCAUGGCGAAUAUGGUUAUUCGACGUCUCGAAACAAGUGGUGGGCCAAAUGUUUGUGCAUGGGGUCAAUGUGCUAGUAUCAGACCUUAUAUCGCAUCAUUCGAGCGCGAAUGCUUGCGUGUCGUAUUUCCUGAACAUACUGAUUGAUACGACACUGGGAAUUGCCUUGAUAUAUAUCUUUCUACAUGCCUUCACAUACCUGCUCACCGAGAAGUUCCACCUCAAAGGAUUCGAGUCGGGGAAGUACGGUCGCCCACCGUCGUUUAUAUAUUGGCUGAAGCAAGCCGCGGCAUAUGUCCUCGCCCUCACGACCAUGAAGUUCGUUGUGUUGACAAUCUUCGCCGUAUUCCCCGGGAUAUUCAAAUUUGGAGAGUGGCUGUUAGGCUGGACUUGGACUGGAGAAGGGGACGCGUUGCAGGUUACCUUCGUAAUGGGUAUCUUCCCGAUCGCAAUGAACAUUCUCCAGUUCUGGUUGAUUGAUUCGAUUGUCAAGGCAUCCUCCACGACAUCUUCCUUCACUCCAGAAAUCGAUGCUGACGGCGCCGACCGUGAGCCACUAUUCCGUGGGUCGAUGGAUGAUGAAGACGAUGAGGGUCCUGGACGGGACAUCGAGAAUGCGCGUCAGCGGGUAAGAUCACCUUCACAGUCCCCGGCUCGUGCGCGUGACCGCCAAAAGUCUUCAUCCUCCACUUCUUCGACACCUUUUGAAAACAAGUCAUCUGGAUCGAGCACGACUUCACAACCCAUGGAACUACGCGACCUAGCCACUAGUUUGUCACACUCAUCAAGUGAUAGUAUCUCCUCACUAUCCGGGCGUAGAGCAACUAAACGCCGUUCGCCGCCAGCUCCGCUUCAUAUUCCAUUGACCAACCAACCAGCUAUCAACUCGCCUCAAAGGUCGGCUCACGGUUCGUUGCCGAAACCCAGCAUCACUACCUGGGCUGAUUCUUGGCAGGAUAGUGACGAUUGGGCCAACCGGGUAGGCGAGGAAGAUUGGACUGGGAAGCGGCUCGAGCUGAAGAAACAUUCUUUGCUCGGUGGAUGGGAAUUUACUGCACCUAGUAUACAGGUUGGAUGA